GAGCCCCACACACCUUGGGCAGAGCCCUACAGAGCCUCAGACUGUAACUGAACUGACAAUGCGCCUGAAACAUGUCCAAUACAACACCCCCAUUCCAGCUCCUGUCCAACAACGUUUCGUUGACCAAUCAGAGGUUGGCAGUGCCCAUAAGGACGUUCAUGGGCUUCCUGUCUGUGUCUCCAUGUCUCCUCUUCCUCUACAUCAACACUAUCAUGCUGUACAGUCUGAAGAGCAAGCCCAUGUUCAGAGAGACCUCACGCUACAUCUUGUUUGGUAACCUCCUCUUCGCCGACACCAUCCUACUGCUGACCAGCCAACUGCUGUACAUAUUAGCCGUCGCUGGGUUGUUUGUGAUCCGAUAUAUAUGUGUUAUGAUUGUGUUGGUGGCCAUUUUCACCAGCGCUGUUUCCCCUCUCAACCUGUCUGUGAUGUCGCUAGAGAGGUACGUGGCGAUCUGUUAUCCUCUGAGGCAUGCCUCCAUUGUCACCCCCAGGACUACGGGCGUGGUCAUUGCUGUGGUGUGGAUCCUGUGUUCCCUAAACACUAUCAUUAAGCUUGUCAUGCUGCUGGUUCUAGAGUCCAUGCCCCUGGACCAGUUCAUGCAGGAAUUCUGCUCUACCAGCGAGCUUUUCCACCUGAAGAUUCACAACCAGGUAGACAAUGUGUUCAUCAGCAUCGUCUUCAUGACAGUUGGUUUUAUCAUCAUAUACUCCUACAUCGCUAUGAUGAUGGUAGCCAAGUCGGCCUCCGCAGACAAGGACAUAAACAGCAAGGCUCGUAACACGGUUCUCCUGCACCUGAUCCAGCUAGGCCUGAGUCUCUCCUCCACCCUGGUUCCUACUAUAGUGUCAGCCUUGAAAUCCAGAGCAAUGGAUAAAGCCACACAGAUUGAGUAUAUUGUGUUUAUCAUCCUGAUUAUCCUGCCCAGGUGUCUGAGUCCUCUGAUCUACGGCCUGAGAGACAAGGCAUUCAGACACAUCCUCAUGUACCAUCUCACCUGUGGCCUCAGAUGCGCAGUGGAGCCCAUUAAAAUCUCCAGCUAUUGAUGUUU